AUCGACCCCAACGGGGUGCCAGCCUAGCCUAGCCUUCCCUGUUCCCACAUUCCCCCACCCAACCUCUUCCCCUUCGUCAACCUGCCCUUUUCCUCCCCCCCGGGGGUAAUUAUUCCCAAAUCCAAGAAAACCUAGGGCAAAUCCCACCCCCACAUUCCCAGAUCCGCCCCAUCUGAAAGGAUCCGGGGAGGAGGAGGAGGAGGAUGGGGGAUUUCAGCGUGGUCCUGGUGGUGCUGGCGGCGGUGGUGCCGGUGCUGGUGCUGGCGGUGAGCGUCUACCUUCUGGUGAACUAUCAGCACCCGGACGACGCCAACCAGGCCUACUUCCCCAAGCUGGUGGUCGUUCUCGGCCUCUCGGUCGCCGCCGUCUCCAUCCUGAUGCUCCCCGCCGACGUCGCCAACCGCCAGGCCUGCCGCCACGCCCUCUACAACGGCGCCUGCAGCCUCACCCUCCCCAUGAAGACCCUCUGGCUUGCCGUCUACAUCGCCGACGCCGUCCUCGUCUUCUUCGUCAUCCCCUUCGCCAUGUUCUACUACGAGGGCGACCAGGACAAGAGUAUAGCGAAGAGGCUGAGGAGCGCGCUGUGUUGGGUGAUUAUGUCGGCUGUCGUAUGCGGCCUCUGCCUCGGAAUUCUCUACGGACUUGUUGGUAAAGUGGAUUUCACAGUUAGGCACCUCUCAUCAUCCGUGGAAAGCUUUCCAAGUUCAUGGUCGGGAUUCUCAAGCGGUCAACCUUGUAUCAGUCCCUUGACUCGUCAGUGUUCUGCAUUUACUGCAAGUGCUUCUUCUCAAACAACAUGGACAAUGCGGGCUACCUUCCCAGAAUAUGUGGUUGCUCUUGCUACGAUUGUCGGAUCCGUGCUAUUUUCGAUAUUUGGAGGUGUUGGGAUUGCUUGCCUACCGUUGGGACUUAUCUUUUCAUUUAUCCGGCGCCCCAAGGCAGUAAUUACUCGCUCACAGUACAUAAAGGAGGCGACUGAACUGGGAAAGAAAGCUAAAGAAUUGAAAAAAGCUGCUGAAGCCCUUCACCAAGAAGAGAGGAAUGGUAACAAAGGCAGAAAAUGGCGCAAAAACGUGAAGGCUGUUGAAAAGGAAUUACUACUCCUGGAAGAUGAUAUGAAGGCUUUGGAGGAAAUGUAUCCUCAGGGAGAGCAGGCUGAGACUACUUGGGCGUUUACCGUCCUUGGAUACAUAGGGAAGUUCAUAUUGGGUAUUAUUGGGUUGGUUGUCUCCGUAGCCUGGGUUGCGCAUAUUGUCAUAUACUUAUUGAUUGACCCUCCUCUUUCGCCUUUCUUGAAUGAGGUCUUCGUCAAACUGGAUAGUGUUUGGGGUCUGCUUGGUACUGCAGCAUUUGCGUUUUUCUGCUUCUAUCUAUUGCUCGCAGUGAUUGCAGGGGAAAUGAUGCUUGGUCUCAAAUUAGUCUUCAUUACCAUCCACCCAAUGAAAUGGGGAGCGACUCUCAUGAACUCUUUUCUAUUUAAUGUUGGGCUUAUUCUACUUUGCUCAAUCAGUGUGAUUCAGUUCUGCGCCACAGCUUUUGGUUACUAUGCGCAAGCAACUGCUGCUCAAGAGAUUUUCGGCCACACACUGCAAUCUUUGCGUGGAAUCAAGUAUCUGUACAAGUAUAACGUCUUCCAGUAUGUAUUUGUUGGCCUGGCAGUGAUCACGCUCGUCUACUAUGCACUAUUUGGAUGGAGAAAGAGAAAGCCAACCGGAAGGUUUCAGCUUUCGAACUGAUGAAUUUGUGCUUUGACUGUAAGCUCGAAUUCCGUCGAAGUUGAUCUUAUUUUGUCGUGGAAUUAUAGAGUUUGCUAGUGAUGUAUAUGGUCUCAACACUUGCUACUUGGAGAGACGAUGAUGUAAAACUAGUGAGCUUCGCUUCUUGAAGAAGUGCAAGAAGAGUUGUGGCCGCCCUGCAUUGUUCGGAUGACUCGCCGUUUGUUUUGUAUAUCACGCCGUUGUUUCUUUGUCCCUCCUUCCGACUUCCAAUGUAUUCUUGUUCUAUAUAGUUGGCUGAUGUAAUUUUAUACUCUGGAUCCUUUGCGAGAGAAAGAUUGGUUGGUUGGUCUUUCCUUUUUUUUCUUUUUUUUUUUUUUGAUUAAUGCUGUCUAUUAAUGUGGGAGACUCUUUUGUACAUGUUCUGUUAGUUUCCAUGCGAAAUAUUUGAUGCUUACUUCCAGUA